ACAACCAUACCAUAUGGAGAAGAGAAGGAAGAACCUUCGAGGAACCUUGACUCUCGAGGUCUUGAGACACCUGGGGCAUGAUCGGAUAGAAAUUAAGCGAAACCCCGAUGGCGAAAGAAUUUUUGAUUUUCACAAGCAAAAAAAGUGAAGUAAGAAGUAAUUAAUAGAAAAGCCCAGACAAAUCCGAAUUCAAUCCGACCCUUUAUCUUGGAAAAUUCUAUCCAUCUUACUAACAAAUUCGAUAUUCCUAUAACUAUCUGAAUCUGACUCUUCCUCCUUCUUGAUUACAACGAGCAGGUAAUUAUAUCAUACAUUUGUUUUGGCGCUUCAAUAGAUAGAUUAAUAGAAUCACAAUCAAUCAAAGUUCAUUCAAUCAUCAAUCAUUCAGUCGUUCCAUUCACCAUCGACCAUUACUCAUCGAUACUUCAAAAUAUCAAUCCCUACGAUAACUUCUUAGUCCAAAUCUCCAACAAGCACACGACCAAAGAAAGGCACACGACCAAAGGCACACGAUCAAGAUGAAGGUCUUUUCUAGCGAUUGCAAAUUCGAUUAUUCGUGGGAAGAGGUUUCAACAGCAAACUGGAGAAAAUAUUGUCCAUGGAAUCACAAAUCUACUCAUGUAAUCGCCGUCGAUACAUUAUCACGACAUGUCGAUGCUGAAACCGGAAUUCUACGAACCGAACGUUUAAUCACCUGCCAACAAUCAGCUCCAAAAUGGCUUCAAUCUCUCAUGGGCGGUAAAGAUACAUCUCACGUCUUCGAAACCUCAUAUGUCGAUCCUAUUACCAAAAAAGUCACCAUGACUUCUACCAAUCUCACAUUUUCCAAUAUCAUCAAUGUACAAGAAACGGUUGUCUAUCAACCUUUAUCAGCAAACACAACGCAAUUUGUACAAACAGCACAGAUUACUGCAUUAUGUGGUGGAUGGCAAAAAGUGAAGAAUGCAGUUGAGGACGCGACAGUCACGGCUUUUUCGGAAAAUGCACGAAAAGGAAAGGAGGGAUUCGAAGCAGUAUUGGCAAUGAGUAGGAGGGUUUUCAGUGAGGAGAAAAUGAGACAGCAACAAGCCAAUACUGUUACUGCAUAAGGUUCGGAAUUUGAAGAGAGUUUUGGAGAGGGGUUUGCAUGAGAAUAUUCCGGUCCGAUCCGAGAUACACGAUGAGAUUUAUAUUAUUUGAAUCUCAUUACAUCACGACUCCAACGAUCUCUCCGUUACUUUUGUCUCCUCUCCACUUCACUUCACUUCAACAAUCUUCUCACUUAAUUUCACCAUUUACGAGUUUCGCAUCAUCUUGGGAGUUUUGGGAUUUUCAUUGCAGGUCCCGGCAUACAAAAAAGUCCACUUUCGGAGUUCUAGAAGGAAAGUUUUCGGUUGGGAAUUCUAUUUUAAGCGCGGCGUUGCAAAAGGAUAAAUGAGAUUUGGGUUAGGUUGGGUUUUGCUUCAUAAAGGCUGUUGUCUUUUGUUGUCUCUGAAAAAGUCAUGAUUUUCAAAGAAAACAUUCAUCCUCAACGCUGAUGUGGGUUAUUGUUACGAUACAGAUACCCCUUUUUUCCUUUCUUUUCCUAUUUAGUGCAUCUUUUCUUCUUUGAAAGGGGAGGUGAAAAUAGAUGGAUGGAUGAGUGGGUUUAUAGAUGAGGCUGAAUAGAGAGGGAUGUAGAUAGAUUGAGCGAGUCAGUGAGUGAAAGACCUGAAGAGGAAGAGAAUGUUAGACUUUACUUUAUAU